UCACAAUAAGCCCAAGCUAGAGAACAGAAACAAUGAAAUUUUUUAAGUCUUUAAGGAUUUUUAGCUAUUCGGCAUCUAAACUUGCGAUAAUGCCUGCUUUACUUCAUCCUAUGUAUGAGUUUCUGAACUGCAAUGAACCAGAAGUAUCCCUUUGGGAUGUUGUAACACUCUCAGAUUUUGCGGGUUGUGAUAGGGAUACAAACUGUUCAAAUCCGUUCGACAUCAGGAUUAUCAUAGGACUGGUGUCGCUUGUAUUAAUGGAGCUGGUCUAUCUUUGGCUGAUGUAUAUUGAAUUCAGAAAAACUCCGACCGUCAAGGGACGAAGCUUAAAUGACUCGGAGAUACAUGUCAGCUGGGUUGAAAGUGACGUCAGUGCAAGUAUAGGUCCAGACCUAGAAAUCAACCUGUAAAGAAGUAAAUAUCAGGAAAUCAUACUGUAAAUGGAGAAUAUUCUAAAAAAAACAACAUGUAAACGGAGUGAAUACUUAAAAAUCAACCUGAAAAAGAAGUGAUCGAAUAGGAGUCCCAGCAGAAGAUUACAUUGAUAAAAUAUUAAAAUAGAAUAAAAUAUGUUUUUAUUAAAAAUUGUAAAAUGCGCAAUCGUAGAACAAAAUAAAACCAGUGUUUGAAUCCUUCUAAAA